GUUGGGGUAAUAAUUCCUAAUUUGGUCAACCAACACCUUGUUAAGAUGUUACCCCAUGUACGACAAGAAGCUUUGACCAAGGGAACAGAGAGAAAAUUACACCAGUUGUGCUAUUCUAGAGGAGAUGCUGGUGAGAUGUUGAAGGUGCGAGCAGACUACAAACUGCCUAAAGAGGAGGAUGGGAAGUACUGGCAGCUCCAUCUGGUGGACAGUCCAGGAAUAGAAGUACCGGAAGACAACUUACAGGGGAUGUUGGCAGUUUUAAUUGCCUGUCAUGCUAUCAUGGGAUCACAGAAGGUGGAGCUACCAUCUCACAAGAAACUCCUGCCUGAUUUAGACAUUACUGAAGAUGAGGCUGAGGAGUUAAUCCAGACAGUGAUCCACCUGUGCACCCAGUCCUUGAUGAUGACGAUGUUGUACCAUGAAGUCAAUGGAUUUGAACAAUAUGUGUUGGCCAAGCUGCUGCCAGACCAUGCAUAUAUAUUCAAAGAUGAAAUCACUACACUGAAUGAAGGUGGCAUUCUUCACGAGCAUGAAACAAUGACUGGAGACACCCAUCUUCUUUGCAAAGCGCAUCUUAAUUGUUACCUGCUCGAAGCUGGACUGACAGAAUUUCCCAUGGAAAAGUUUCAAAUAGAUGGCACCUCCUACACAAGACUGAUCCGCUCCCUACGCCUCCCCCAGAAUGAUAUCAAGGCACUGCCGGAAGAUUUCUUUCCAUCUUUUCCAUCUCUGGUGGAGUUUGAUGUUAGCCACAACAAGCUUUCAAUACUACCAAAAGGGAUUGGGAAGUGCAAAAAACUAUGUGGAAUUAACGUUAAGAAAAACAAUCUUCAGAAUCUGCCAGAGGAAUUACUGGAGCUCAAAGACCAACCUCUUCGAUUAGAAAUCUCUGAGAAUCCAAUCCAUUCACUUCCAGAAGUCAUUUGCCACCUUGAAAACCUGCAGCGUCUACUUGCCAAUAACCUACUUUUGACAAGCCUGCCUGAAAACUUUGGCAACUUGAAAAACCUGAAUUAUCUCACCUUGAAGCACAAUUGCUUGCAGGUCCUGCCUUCGAGCUUCAAAAACCUCAAGAAACUCAAGUCUCUCAGUUUAGAGGGAUUUCCAUGGUUCAAACACAAACCAAAUGGGUUUCUGUCACAGGAAGACUUUGGGGAAUUCUUGAAAGGAACCUAUGCCGACAAGUGGCUGGAGAUGCAUAAGGAGGACAAGGCCUCGUUAUACGAAUUCUUUGAUGAAGACUCCAAUGGUCUGUUGGAUGAAAAAGAGAUUGCUAAGCUGAAUGCAUGUUUGUUCCACAUAUUUCCAAGGUUUAGAGGAACUGAAGAGGAGAGUGGUAUCCCGGCAGAAAUCCUGGAGCUCGAAAACCUAGAAUAUCUUGACCUGCAGUUCCAAGGUAUAACCCACAUCCCCGAUACAAUCAGCAAACUCCACAAACUUCAGGAACUGGUAGUCUCCUUCAACCCGUGUCUAGAGACCAUAUCCCCUCUUGCUGGGAAGCUACCUCUUAAACGAUUAGUUCUGGACGAGUGUCCCUCUAUUCGUACUCCACCAAAGGAGAUCAUCUCCAAGGGGUUCCAGACCAUCUAUGCCUAUCUGCGACGUCUGAUUUCUGGGUCUGUGGAAUGCAAGAGAACGAAAUUGAUGCUCGUAGGAUUGGGAGGGGUCGGGAAAACAAGUCUGGUGAAAGCCAUAAUGAGUGGCGGUGGCGUUGGGGAGACACAAGAGGCGAUACCCCAGGUGACUGAUGGGAUAGAUAUCUGUACUUGGACUGUAACACGAGAAAAAGAAACUGUCAGCUAUUCUGUGUGGGAUUUUGCUGGGCAAACUGUCUACUACAAUACCCAUCAGUUCUUUCUCUCAGACAGAGCAGUCUACCUUCUCCUGUGGAACAUCCGCCAAGGUCAUGAGCAUGCUGGGCUUGACUUCUGGCUGAACUCCAUAGCCGUCCACGCCCCCAAGGCCCCCAUACUGGUGGUAGGCACUCAUCUGGACCAGGUGUCCAAGGUGGAGAUCCCUGUGGAAGAAAUGCAGCAGAAAUACAGCCAGAUUAAAGGAUUCCAUUUUGUCAGCUCUCACAGUGGACAGGGCAUAAAGGACCUUCAGGAGAUGUUGCUUGAUGUGACUUUAGAGCAGCCCUACAUUGGAGAACAGAUCCCUCAAGUAUGGCUCAACUUGGAGAAGGAGAUUAUCAAGUUGCGAACUACAGAAAGUGUUGUCUCCUAUGUUUCCCUAGAAGAUUUAGCAUUGACCAAAUCAGGAAUAUAUGACAAGUCAGAGGUCUCUCAAGCUGUACAGUUCCUGCAUGAGUUAGGAAGCCUGCAGCAUUUUGACAACAAUUUCCUCAAGUCACAUGUGGUUAUCAACCCCCAGUGGAUUGUGGACGUGAUGUCCUGUGUGGUGUCUGUCAAUGACUCGCACAUUAAGGAUGGCUACUUCAACCACACAGACAUUCCCAAAGUUUGGGAGGAUUAUCCCGCAGAUCUCCACUGGUGGCUUCUUCGUCUCACAGAGGAGUAUGAUCUGACUUUCCAACUCCCGGACAAACCAGUCAACCUGGUGCCAUGCCUUCUCCCUGAGAAACAGCCUCACUUUGAUUGGCCAGAACUUGACAGAGAAAAUGGAGAAAGAGAGGCAAAGAUGAUUUACAAGUUUGAUUACUUGCCUGCUGGGUUGUUUAACCGAGCACAGGUACGACUGUAUGAGUUCUCUGAUAGCUCUGUGAUCUGGAAGAGGGGCUCUAGGCUGAAGAAGAAUGACCACAUUGCUCUCCUCACUCAAUUUAGAGACUCAGAGCUGCACGUGAAAGUCCAGGGAACAACUCCAGAAAAUGUCCUCUUCCUGGUCCAUGAGGUGUUUGAGGGGCUGAUCACAGAGUCUUUCCAGGGGGUGGUGUACGACUACCUCAUGCCCUGUCCAGACUGUUCCAAGGCUCAUGCCCGUGACCCUCACAUGUUUUCAGCCUCCUCCAUCAGAAGAGCUACACAACUAAAGGCACCUUUCCUGCAGUGUACCAAGUAUUUCCAUGUCAUACCCCUGACAGAUCUGCAUAGUAUGAUGCCCCCAGAGAGCAGCACAGACUAUGACCUGCAGCUUGUGCAGACUGUGAGAGGAUUGACUGACCUGAGGAAAGACAUGUCAGCAGAUAUCUUUAUCUCAUACUGUGCAAAAGAUGUUCCAAAGAAAAGUGAGAAACGUGUGGCCCCAGUGGAUGUCUGCAGAGACUUGGAAGAGGCAGGAUAUAGAUGCUGGUUCCAGGAGGACCCCAGUUCCCAGAGCCUAGAGGUAACAGCCAUCGCUCUACGAGAUGCCCGGGUAUUCCUGGCCUGUAUAUCUGACAACUAUAUUGAAGACCAAGACUGCUGUGCAAUGUUCAAGUAUGCCUGCACUACACUCAGGAAGAGCAUUGUGCUGGUUGUGCUAGGGGAUAGCAUGAACUGGCAGACCAGUCAGAUUGGAUUAUUGGUUGCAGGAGAGGUUUAUGUGAAUAUGCAGCAGAAGGACAAGUACACAUCCAAGCUGGAAGAACUGGCAAAGAAACUGGAUAUGAACACACUUUUAAAGAAAGACGAAGCCAUUGAUUACCCACCAGUGUUCAUCAGCUAUGCUUGGGCCAACUCUGCUCGUGCUGUUGAGUUAGGGACCCCAGAGAAAGAGGGCGCUGCAGGCUUUGGUGAUCCAAGAGACUACAAAGACUUCCUGGAGAAGAAUGGGAUCAAGUGCUGGCUUGAUGUUGAACAAGUUGGAGCUAAUGGUCUGUUUGAAGACAUAGCAGUGGGUCUCCAGAAUGCCAAACUGGUGGUGGCCUGUAUAUCUGAUCAGUAUGCUGAGUCCACCAACUGUAAUAUGGAGUUCCGCUUUGCCAAGACUGCCCUGAACCUGCCCAUUAUUGUGGUGACAGUAGGCAGGGGACAGAUGUGGAGGAAGUCUGAGGUGGGCAUGUUGUCCAUUAACUACCCAGUGGUCAGCCAUGAUGAUACUGACCAGCUGCUGAAGCUAGUCAAGGAAAAUUUACCAAGUGAGGUGCAGCAACCAGUCUCCAACGAGACCAAAGAGAAGAAGAAGGAGAAGGAGCAGGCCAACCAACAACAGAAGAAUACAUCUUUCCAGGAACUGUAUGAACUUGCCCAGAGAAAGUUCUUACGUCAGGUUGCCAAACUAGCUGACUCAUUCAACAUGGAGGCAUACCCACGGCUGGUGGUCAUAGACCAUAUGGCCACUGAAGAGACAGAAGAGGGUAAAAUAGUUGAACAAGAAUAG